UGAACUUCCCCUUUUCAAAAAAUAAAAUAAAGUAUGAACUUCUCGCAGUGAACUGUACCCAUUACCCAGUGGUUCAUUGACUUGCCAUCGAAGCUCCACUCAUCUCCCUUUACCUUUAUCUUCCUUCUCCUUCGUUCUUGUGCGUGCAGCUGUGAAACGAGGCUCUGGUUUUUCUGCAAUGGGUUGUGCUGGAUCUUCACAGUCCAAAGCAGAUGGGACAGAAAAAAAGAUCCGAAAGCCUAAACCUUGGAAGCAUCCUCAGCCCAUAACAAGGACUCAAUUAAUACAAUUGCGUGAUGAGUUUUGGGACACAGCUCCUCACUAUGGUGGCCGGAAAGAGAUUUGGGAUGCUCUUCGAGCUGCUGCCGAGGCUGAUCUAACUUUGGCACAAGCAAUUGUGGAUAGUGCUGGGGUUAUUGUCCAGAGUUCUGAUUUGACAGUAUGCUAUGAUGAAAGAGGAGCUAAGUAUGAGCUACCCAAGUACGUUUUGAGUGAGCCAACUAACCUGAUUCGUGACGAUUAAUGAUUAAAUAGUAACAUUCAUGGCCAUGGGAAACGGACUGUAAAUCAUGUAUAUUGUUCACUUUGAUAGGGUAGUAGCAACUGUUUUUCCCUUUCAAUCUGUUGAACAAAUGUUUUUAUGUCUGCUCUGUAUCAGAUGACAAGUAUCCAUCCCUCUCUGGCUUUGUGUAUUUUACAUACCAGAUGAGUGAAUUCCAAUACGCCAAUUAUGAGAAACAUUAAUUUCUGUUGUAA